AUGAGAAAGGUUAAUCUUUUACUGGUUUUGGUAAGUUUCAUCUACAUUGCAACUUCUCGCUCUGAUACAACAAUCAGUGAGCGAGACAUUUUGCUUCAGUUCAAAGACAGUGUCAGCGACGAUCCGUACAACAGCUUGGCUUCUUGGGUCUCUGACGGCGACCUCUGCAAUAGCUUCAAUGGAGUCACUUGUAACUCAGAAGGUUUCGUGGACAAGAUCGUUCUGUGGAACACAAGUCUCGCCGGAACCCUAGCUCCGGGAUUGUCGAAUCUUAAGUCUGUUCGAGUUCUGACCUUGUUUGGCAACAGGUUUACAGGUAAUUUACCGUUGGAUUACUCAAAGUUGGAAACUUUGUGGACGAUUAAUGUUAGUUCCAAUGCCUUGUCUGGUCCGAUCCCGGAGUUUAUUGGUGAUUUGUCUAGCUUAAGGUUUCUAGACUUGUCUAAAAAUGGUUUCUCCGGAGAGAUUCCGGUUUCUCUGUUUAAGUUGUGCGACAAGACCAGAUUUGUUUCACUUUUCAUCUACAUUGCAACUUCUCGCUCUGAUACAACAAUCAGUGAGCGAGACAUUUUGCUUCAGUUCAAAGACAGUGUCAGCGACGAUCCGUACAACAGCUUGGCUUCUUGGGUCUCUGACGGCGACCUCUGCAAUAGCUUCAAUGGAGUCACUUGUAACUCAGAAGGUUUCGUGGACAAGAUCGUUCUGUGGAACACAAGUCUCGCCGGAACCCUAGCUCCGGGAUUGUCGAAUCUUAAGUCUGUUCGAGUUCUGACCUUGUUUGGCAACAGGUUUACAGCUUACAAUCAUCUGAAGGGAGUGUUGCCGCCUAGGAUUUGUGAAAUUCCGGUUCUUGAGUAUAUCUUAGUGAGAAACAAUUUGUUGUCUGGUGAUGUCUCUGAGGAGAUACCUAAAUGUCAGAGAUUGCGUCUUGUCGAUUUGGGAAGCAAUUUGUUCCAUGGAUUAGCGCCUUUUGAGGUUCUUAGAUUCGAGAACAUAACUUAUGUCAAUGUCUCUUUGAAUCGGUUUGGUGGGGAGGUUGGAGAGAUAGCUGAUUGCAGUGAAAGCUUGGAGUUUUUGGAUGCUUCAUCGAAUGAGUUAGCCGGGAGGAUACCUACUAGUGUAACAGGUUGCAAAAGUCUCAAACUUUUGGAUUUGGAGUCUAACAAGCUGAAUGGGAGUAUCCCGGGAGGUAUUGGGAAGAUGGAGAGGCUCUCGGUGAUCAGAUUAGGUAAUAAUGUUAUAGAUGGGGAUAUACCUAGGGAGUUUGGAAGUUUGGAGUUUCUACAGGUUUUGAAUCUGCAUAAUCUCAAACUCACUGGUGAAAUCCCAGAGGAUAUAUCCAAUUGCAGAGUACUUCAGGAACUAGAUGUUUCAGGGAAUGAUUUAGAAGGAGAUAUCCCUAAGAAGCUAUUAAACUUGACAAACUUAAAGAUUCUUGAUCUGCAUCGAAAUCAUCUCAAUGGAAGUAUCCCAUCUGAUCUAGGGAAGCUCUCCAGAAUCCAGUUUCUUGAUCUUUCGCAGAAUUCGCUUUCAGGGUCAAUACCAUCGUCACUCGGGAAUUUGAAUACUCUAACGCAUUUCAAUGUCUCUUAUAACAAUCUCUCCGGUGUUAUCCCUCCUGUUCCAGUGAUACAAGCUUUUGGAUCUUCUGCUUUUUUGAACAACCCUUUCCUUUGCGGUGAUCCACUUGUAACUCCCUGCAAUUCACGUGGAGCUGCAGCAAAAUCCAGAAAUUCUAAUGCUCUAAGCAUUUCGGUUAUCAUUGUUAUUGUUGCUGCUGCUGUUAUCCUCGUUGGUGUCUGCAUAGUGCUUGCUUUGAACCUAAGAACUCGUAAAAGGAGAAAAGACGAAGAAAUACUUACAGUGGAAACCACUCCUCUGGCGUCUUCAAUUGACUCUACAGGUGUGAUAAUUGGAAAACUUGUUCUUUUCAGCAAGAAUUUGCCAUCAAAGUAUGAAGAUUGGGAGGCGGGUACAAAAGCUUUGCUCGACAAGGAAAACAUAGUUGGCGUGGGGUCGAUUGGAUCAGUCUAUAGAGCAUCUUUCGAAGGAGGGGUUUCCAUUGCAGUGAAGAAGCUUGAGACUUUAGGAAGAAUCAGAAACCAAGAAGAGUUUGAGCAGGAGAUUGGACGGCUUGGAGGUUUGCAACAUCCAAAUCUGUCUUCUUUUCAAGGUUACUACUUUUCCUCAACAAUGCAAUUGAUCUUCUCUGAAUUUGUCCCUAAUGGUAGCCUCUACGAUAAUCUACACGUAAGAAUCUUCCCGGGAGCCAGCUCAAGCCAUGGGAAUACUGAUUUAAAUUGGCACAGAAGAUUUCAGAUUGCUUUAGGGACUGCAAAAGCGCUCUCUUUCCUUCACAAUGACUGUAAACCAGCAAUUCUUCAUCUCAAUGUUAAGUCCACCAACAUUCUUCUAGACGAAAGAUAUGAAGCAAAGCUAUCAGAUUAUGGAUUAGAAAAAUUUCUUCCGGUUAUGGAUAGUUUCGGCUUGACUAAGAAGUUUCACAACGCGGUGGGGUAUAUUGCUCCAGAACUAGCUCAGCAGAGUUUGAGAGCUAGUGAGAAAUGCGAUGUGUAUAGUUACGGUGUGGUUCUUCUUGAGCUGGUUACAGGUAGAAAACCAGUGGAGUCUUCAUCAGGAAACCAAGUCUUGAUCUUGAGAGACUAUGUGAGGGAUUUAUUGGAGACUGGUUCGGCUUCUGAUUGUUUUGACAGAAGGUUGAGAGACUUUGAAGAGAAUGAGCUUAUUCAAGUCAUGAAGUUAGGACUGAUUUGCACGUCAGAGAAUCCACUGAAGAGACCGAGUAUGGCUGAGGUUGUGCAGGUUCUUGAGUCAAUCCGAAAUGGAUUUGGAUCAUGAUGAAGUUUUUUUUCCUUUUGAGUAAAGAUUGCAUAGAAAAUGUGCAGUGUAGUGUUUAGAGGGGGGAAUAAUAAGUUCAUUCUUUUUGAUUUUGGUGAUUUUUUGGGAUGCACCGGUUUAGAUUUAUGUUUGUUCAAUGAAAUUGUUAGUCUGGUUUACUCAGUACCGAACCGAGUCUUGAGGAAUGUAGAUAAGCACUUUCAAUCUUGAGAUUUACAAACUUUUCUGAUACGGUUCAUAACGACAA